AUGCAAUUAAAAUUUAUCAAAAUGUUUUAGCAACCGAAAAAUCUAAGGGAUGAAUAGUUAUUCAAACUGCUUAAAGAUUCUGUAUUAAAUUUGUAAGAUUCUGCUCAUCACUAAAAAUUUGAAACAGAAAUUUAGAAAUCUUUUUUUUGUUAAUAGGCAUUUCAAGAUAAGAAUGAAUGA